UAAACACCACCCUAUAUGAAAUGGAGCACACCCCUCAAACAUUUUUCCAUAGGUCUCUCUCCCUCCCUCCCUCCCCCUCUCUCUCUCUCUCUCUCUCUCUCUCUCUCUCUACCUGACCAUUUUUCUUCUCCGAUGGAGCUGGGUAGUGUCGUCCAGUUUCUCGAGAACAGAAACAUUUUAGUCACUGGUGCCACUGGCUUCCUAGCAAAGAUAUUUGUGGAGAAGAUACUAAGAGUUCAACCAAAUGUGAAGAAGCUGUAUCUACUUCUAAGAGCAGCAGAUGAGAAGUCAGCCUUACAAAGGUUCCAUAAUGAGGCCAUAGCAAAGGACUUGUUCAGGGUACUGAGAGAGAAAUUGGGAGGAAACUUGAAUUCCCUUAUUUCGGAAAAAGUCACUUUGGUCCCUGGCGACAUAACAUGUGAGAACCUGGGCGUGAAAGACCCCAAUUUGGAGGAAGAAAUGUGGAGGGAAGUUGAUAUUGUGGUUAAUUUAGCUGCAACCACCAAUUUUGAUGAAAGAUAUGAUGUUUCAUUCCAACUCAAUACAAUGGGGGCCAAGAAUGUUUUGAACUUUUCCAAGAAAUGUGCUAAUAUAAAGUUGCUUCUCCACGUAUCUACCGCUUAUGUAUCUGGCGAGAAGGCGGGACUUAUACUUGAAAAACCCUAUUACAUGGGCGAGACACUCAAUGGGGUUUCUGGGUUAAAUCUUGACACUGAGAAGAAAAUUAUGGAGGAGAGAUUGAGCGAGCUCCGAGCUGAGGAGGCUACGGACAAAGAAAUUACAUUGGCUAUGAAGGAUUUGGGAAUUCAAAGAGCAAGGAAAUAUGGGUGGCCAAACACCUAUGUGUUCACAAAGGCAAUGGGAGAAAUGCUUUUGGGGCAAAUCAAGGGAAAUAUUCCUCUAGUCAUGCUCCGUCCCACCAUCGUUACCAGUACUUACAAGGAACCCUUCCCUGGUUGGGUUGAAGGCCUCAGAACUAUUGAUAGCUUGGCUGUCGGAUAUGGUAAAGGAAGAUUGACGUGCUUCCUUGGUGAUCCAGAGUCCGUAAUUGAUGUGAUACCAGCAGACAUGGUGGUUAACUCAAUGCUGGUGGCCAUGGAAGCAAAUGCAAAUCAAGCAUCAGACGAUGUGGUGAUUUACCAGGUGGGUUCCUCACUUGCAAAUCCAUUGAGGUACAGUUGGAUUCAAGAUUACGGGCAUCGCUAUUUCACGAAACAUCCUUGGGUUGGUAAAGACGGAAAGGCUGUCAUUGUUGGCAAGGUCACUGUGUUGAGCUCCAUGGCUAGCUUCCGCAGAUACAUGGCCAUUCGCUACCUGCUUCCACUCAAGGGAUUACAAGUAGCAAAUACAGCAUUUUGCCAGUUUUUCGAAGGCACAUAUUCCGAAUUCCGUAGAAAAAUCAACUUCGUGUUCCGGUUGGUGGAACUUUACCAGCCUUAUUUGUUCUUCAAGGGCCUCUACGAUGACAUAAACACGGAAAAGUUGCGAAUGGCAGCAAAAGAAGGCAACGUCGAGACAGAUGUGUUCUACUUUGAUCCCAGGACCAUAAACUGGGAAGACUACUUCAUGAACACUCACAUUCCCGGUGUCGUAAAGUACGUAUUCAGGUGAAUGCGAUGAUCACCGCCGGAAGAACAACGUACGCACGUGUUGUUGAGCUUUGGGAUAAUUUGUCCUUAAUUACAUGUCAAACAAGUGUGUUUCUUAGCUUUGAAAUAAUUUUGAUUUGUUGUAAUAGGCAGUAUAAGUUGUACUGCUGCAAAUGUACUGUUGAAUACUUUCCGAUGAAAAGAUGUAUUAAUUCAGUGGUGCUCAUUAAUAUGAAUUAAAAUUUGUUGGCUUGAAUGAA